CUUUCCCAGCGACACCAUGGUCAUUUCAGCAACCCAAGCGCUCAUUGACGAGAUCAAGGCGCAAGCAAAGGCCAUUCCGACCACUGAUGCGCGCGGAUACUCCAUCGAGGACAAACUCCUAGGCUCGCGGCGACCAAUCAAAGUGGUCUGCAUUGGCUUUGGAGCUUCGGCCAUCAACAUCGCUCAUAAGCUCAGCCCACGCAUCAAAGAAGGCAAUGUCAGCUUGCAGUGCUAUGAGAAGAACCCGGAGAUUGGAGGCACUUGGUACGAGAACACGUAUCCGGGCUGCGCUUGCGACAUUCCUGCAGUAAAUUAUACAUACUCGUGGCAUAUAAAGCCGGACUGGACGACAUACUAUGCGAAAUCGCAGGAGAUAUUAGCUUACUUCAAAGAUGUUGUCGCGAAACACUCGCUGGGUGAGUUUUGCAAGCUCAAUCACCGAGUUGUUGGCGCUUGGUGGAAUGAGGAUCUCGGCGAGUGGAAGAUCAAGGUUCAAAGAGGCGAUAAUGUCGACGAUACUUUCGAAGACACGGCCAACAUCUUGAUCAACGCAACUGGAGUCCUCAACCACUGGAAAUGGCCAGCCGUCCCGGGCGUAGAGAAGUUCAAAACGCGACUUCAUACUGCUGCAUGGGAUAGUUCGGUUGACCUGACGAAUAAAACCGUGGGUGUAAUAGGCAAUGGUAGCAGCGCCGUUCAAGUGAUACCAGCCAUUUUCCCCAAGGUCAAGAAAAUGAAGUGCUUCAUACGAUCUUCAUCAUGGGUAACGUCGGGGUUUGCUUCGAAAUUCGCCGGAGAACACGGUGAAAACAUAACUUACACAGAAGAGCAAAAGAAACAUUUUGCGGAGCACCCUAAGGAAUAUCUAGAGUACAGAAAGGCUGUCGAGCGCGAAGUCAAUGCAAACUUUGCUAUGAUGAUCAAAGGAACGCCGCAGCAGAUAGAGGCUCUGGAGUUUGCUAGAUUGGAAAUGUCACGUAAAUUAAACGAAAAGGAACAUCUGAUCGACAAGAUGGUCCCGAAAGAGUUCGCAGUCGGUUGCAGGCGCCCAACCCCUGGAAAUGGGUAUCUAGAGUGCAUCGCCGAUGAAGAGAAAUGUGACGUAAGCUUUUCGAGCAUCACGGAAAUCACAGAAAAAGGCAUUAUCACAGCAGACGGCGUGGAACAUGAUAUAGACGUGCUAGUCUGCGCCACCGGAUUUGACGUGUCUUUCCGACCAAGAUACCCCAUAGUAGGCCAGGGCGGACUGGACAUGCGGGAUGCCUUUGCCGAGCACGCGCAAACGUAUCUGAGCAUGACGACACCCAACUUUCCAAAUUACUUUAUGAUGCUUGGCCCCUUCGGACCUUACGGCCACGGCUCUGUCAUUUCGUCGGUCGAGGUCAUAACGCGCCAUAUCGAGAAGAUCAUCACCAAGAUGCAGCUGGAGGACGUCAAGUCUUUUGCGCCCAAACAAGCAGCAGUCGACGACUUCAAGCAACACCGCGAACUUUACCUGAAGCGGACAGCGUGGGAUUCGCCGUGCAGAUCGUGGUUCAAGGGUGGAAAGGCUGAUGGGCCUAUAAUGAUGUGGCCGGGGAGUCGUUUGCACUUCUUUGAUGCACUGGAGAACCCGCGGUGGGAGGACUAUGAUUGGUCGUACCGAACGAUGAAUAGAUUCGGCUUCUGGGGGAACGGGUUCAGUACUAUGGAUGCUGGGGAGGAUGAUAGAGAUAGCACGUGGUAUAUUGACGAGGUAUAAGAAUAGAGGGCGUAGAUUAGAGACACUAAUCGAUUGUUUUGAUCCAUC